AUGCGCUGGGGUAGACGGGCUGCUAGUCCCGAGCUUGAGGCUUCCGACGGGGCCCUUCCCCGUGAGGGGAGGCAGAGCCGCCGGCAGCCGCCCGCGCCACUGACCGCCUCAGGAGGCGUCUACCGGCUCGCGCCUAACGGCCAACGGCCGCUGCCAACGGCCCCCGCUAACGGCGGCUGGGGCGGGCGACAGUUUCUGCCCUGCGCCGCGGCCGCUCUGCUCCUCGCAGCCGCGCUGGGUCCCCCCGCCGCCGCCGCCGCCUUCUCUUCCUCCUCCCGGGCGGGCAGCCCCGGCGAGCCGCGGAGCCGCGUGCAAGUGCUGGGCGGCUCCAACUGGAGCCUGGUGUUGCAGGGCCAGUGGAUGUUGGAGUUCUAUGCUCCUUGGUGUGCAGCUUGUCAACAGAUUGAAUUGACGUGGGAGAGUUUUGCAAAGGAAAGCGAGCAUCUGGGUAUCACUGUGGGAAAGGUGGAUGUCACUCAAGAACCAGGUUUGAGUGGUCGUUUCUUUGUCACAACACUUCCUACAAUUUACCAUGCAAAUGAUGGAAUAUUUCGCAGAUACCGAGGCUCACGAACAUUAGAAGAGCUUCAAGGUUACGUUUUAGAGAGAAAAUGGAAAGCUGUGGAGCCCGUAGCAGGAUGGAGGUCUCCAUCUUCUAUAAUGAUGCACGGUAUGGCAGGGGUAUUUCACCUCUCUGGCUGGAUCAGGCAAAUUCAUAGCUACCUCACUGACACUCUUGGAAUUCGUGUUUGGAUUUCUUAUGCAAUCUUCUUCUUAGCUACCUUAUUGAUUGGCCUGUUCCUGGGUUUGAUACUGGUUUUGAUUUCAGACUGCCUUUGCCCAUCCAAGUCAAGAUACAGAACUGAAACAUCUGAUGAAGCAAUUACAAAGGAUAAUGUGGAGAAUGCAGCAUUAGAAGAACCGGAGGAGGCUGCAGAGCUUUCCGCAGAUGAUGCGGAAGAGACUGCAGAUGCAAAAGAUCUCUCAGAUGGAGAAGAUGCAGCAAAUUCAAGUGCUGAUGACUCAGAGGAGGAUUUAGCACUUGGAAAAGAAUCAGGGGAAGAAGAAAUGGAAGACUUAAGUGAACAGCCUUUAGCUGAUUCAGAGACUGAAAGCUCAGUAAGGCAGCGUAAAAGUCAGGUAGCUGAUAAUGGACUAUAGCUGUUUUGGUGGUGUAUUUUGUACACUUGGACCAAAGAAGUAUCAGACCCUGCGUCUGAAGCUGAAGCUUACACUUGAUUUGUCAUUUGUGUUUACGCAAAACCUCUGCUCUGUCAGCAGGCUUCUCUUUUUUUUAGCUAAUACUUGCUCAUUGGGUUUGUUUUAUAAGCACAUAUGCUGUGUAUUGUAUAACUUUAGCCAUGACAAUCAAAAUAAGUGUAUCUUAUUUGCUUGAAGUCUUGUAAGAGAAAAGGGGUGUUAUAGAGUCUCAGUUCACCAGCUAUAAAAUGGUUAUUUAUGCCUGUGUUCCUUCUUAAGUACUGACCUAAGCAAGAUCAGGAGUUUUAACUCUUUGCUGUAGCUUGGCAGGACUGUGACUUUUCUGUCUGAACGUCUGUUUCCAAAUGCCGCAGAAGCACCAGAGAAGUGAUACAGUAGUGAAAGAAGGCACCUUACUAGUCUUCUAUUAAAGAUGUGUAUGAUGGGAUUAUUUUUAUCACUUUCAACUGAAGCACCUUUCUCUUUCAUUUUUAUUAAUGUUUGUUUUGAAAUGUUAUCGUGCAGUAUGCUGCGUGCCCCCAGAUUUUUCUGGUUUUGGUGAUUUGGAGGCAUGCUGCACAGCUCAGGCUUGUCAGCUGAGGGUUUUUUUGACCCAAGGAGUUUGAGUAAUUGAAAACCUCAAGCCAAGAAAGAGUGGCAGCUAAAUGUUUAAAAUAUCUUUGAACUUUUAAAGGGUUUAAAGGAAGUUAUUUUUGGGUGGGGGAGAAUUUUUGCCAAAGCAUGACUUUUUUUUUUUUCUUUUUUCCCCCCUUCAAGAGAUUGUAGCAAGAAGUAUUCACUUUGCAGUAAGUUGUGUAUUUCUUGCCAAUACAAGCUUGUCAUACGCAGUGCAGUUCUGCCAUUUCCAACUCGGAAUGCUUUUGGCAGAACUCUAGCUGCUUUAAUAAUAUCAACUGAAGAGGCACUGAAGGUUUUACUUUUGAUCACUUUUCUACUUUUUAUCACUGGAAUUGGCAAAUUAGGAGAAGAGAAGGGGUAAGGGUGGGUAGUAGGGAGAAGCUUUUGGGUUUGCUACUUUUAUCAAGAUAAAUGUUUAUCUGUUGAACUGCGUAAUAUGAAAAUGGCUUGCUAGGUAGACAGCAUUAGGUGUGGUUAGAAGAUUUAAGUCAUUAAAGAUAUCAAUAUUUCCCUCCUUUGACUUGGUUAAUAUAUAAGGCUUUUUUAUUUGGUAAGGAUUACCUACACCCUGGAUGUGUUCAAGGCCAGGCUGGAUGGGGCUUGGAGCAGCUUGGUCUAGGGGGAGGUGUCCCUGCCCAUGGCAGGGGAGUUGGAGCUAGAUGAUCUUUAAGGUCCCUUCCAACCCAGACCAUUCUAUGAUACAGUGAGAUCCUGUAUACUCCUAUUAUGUUGAUGUGUGUUUAUGUGCAUAAGAUGUGUUUUAAUCUUGAUUUUAUUUUUGUAAUUGUAUAUAUUGCAUAAACCUUGCUAAUAUGCAUUGAUUUCAUCUUGUUCUUCAAGAAUAAAGAGUAAACAGAGAUGAAAUCAUCUCAUUAGAAGAGACAAGUUGCAAGUGCAAAAUGCUGGUUUCCUUUGAGACUAACAGGGCCAAUUUGUGUUGGAAGUUGUGGUUUGGUUUUUUUUUUUCUUUUUAAAAUGCUCAUAUAGAGCAUAUUUGCUAAGAAAGCUUAACUUUUCCUGUCUGUGUCCUGUUGCAUAUUGUAUCUUGGAACUAUACAGUAGAAACUUUGCAUUUGUCUAUUACAGUUGUGUAAAGAACAAAAUCACACUGCAUAUAUUGAACAGGAAUUUUUUUAAGGAACCUUCUCAGUCUGGAGCUUGAAUUUCAUAUAGUGGACACGUGUAAAUAUGCUUUCACAUGUGUGAAAACAUACAGUUGAGAAUAUAUAUAUAUAUUGCACUAUAAUGAGAACAGUUUGUCUUGUGUUAUUUUAGAGUUGUCCCAUGUAACUGAGUAGAAGCUUACAGACAGUGGAACACAGUAGCAGUUGAGGUAUGUUGAGGUAAUUGAAUCAUGCAAAUAUAGUACUAAUUAGACUAUUACAGUAUUAUUAAACUUGGUGUGUUUCCAUAAAAAAAGUCUGUAACAACCUUUUGUGCACUCUGAGUGUUCUGUUAUCUCUAUCCCUUGUUAUGAUUAAUUUUAAAAAAUGGAACUUGUUAUUGCCGUCUCGGUAUAGACAAAAUGUCCUUGGAGAAGCUGCUGCUAACGCUGUUCAAAAUGUUUUGAUUAAGGAUAGGGCUGUAAGGCUUGUAAACUACAGUUGCACGUCAAAAAUGACGUAGGAUUUUUGAGAACCAAUUUAAAUUUCAAGCAGGAUGUAUGCCACUCCAAAAACCAGUCCCUGAUGGAUCUAAAUGUGAAUGCUUAAAAGCAAAUAAAAAAAAAAUAAAAAAUGGAGUGGGUUACUUUUGAAAGAGGCUAGAAAUCCAUACAGCCUUUCAAAGCUCCUGUCCUUGAGAUUUGUGUCAAACUUGUAUGUAAGUCUUGGAAUACUCUGUGUAUGCUGCACCUGUGCUGGGCAACACUUGUUAUGUAGGUGUUCUUCAUGGAAAUGUUAUACAGGAUUGUCUUUUAUAUGAAAGUUUGGAAAUUUAUACUAUGGGUAUUUUUACUGAAAUUCCAUAUAAAUUUUGUAUUUAUGA